AUGUCGGCGCGUGGAUUGCCGCUGCCGCCGGUGGUAGUGCCGCCAUUUGAGUAUUAUGUAGUAGCGCCGUGCGUCGUACUUGCUCUCUUGUACAACUGCUUGCAGUUUGUCCCGAGCACAUGGCUUCCCGCUGCGUGGUUUGGCUUUGUUGGAUACCCUAGCGACAUUUUCUUGUGGCUCGGCGAGCGGACCGCCGUAUCCACGCGGAUCUUGCGCGAGGCAAUUGCGCCGCAAGGCACUCUUGGAUCAAUGCGUAUAGUAACAGACUGGUAUAAGCGGUUUGGCGAGGAAGGCAUCGACAACUUUCUCUUGCGCUUGUCCAACGUCGAAGGGCGCAAAAUGUACCUCGCCCUCGGCAGUAUACCGAUCCUGUCUUGCCUGUAUUGCAGCACAGUCGAAGAUUACAGAAACUAUGCUAUGCUCUCUUUACUUGGCGUGUAUAGCGCACAUGCUAUGCUGCUGGGACUGCUGACAAUUCCGCCACGCGGUGCAUUCCCUGCACUUGUCAAUUGGUACGUGACAGGGACGGCAACGGGUGCGCCGCGGCGCGCUGGCCUUGUAUCGCUGUACACGCGUAAAGGCUCGCGUAAAUUUGCUACUUGUGCACUACUUGCAGCGUUCGGAGCCGAAUGUUUUGUUCUAACGCGCUCGCAGCAAUUUGGCGGCCGGCACGGGCGGAUGGAGCACUGGCACGCCAAUAUGCACUUAGUGCGCCACCUCUUUUUACUGAUGCUCGUGCUGUGGGUCUACCUACGGCGUGGAAUCCAAACACCGGCGUUGUCCGUGAUCCAGUCUCUCCAAUCGCUAUCGGCUACAGAGGAGCAUGUAAAUGAAAUCCUUGCGGCAAGCCUGGACGCCCCGAAACCAUACACGGCGCGGUUGUCCAAUAUGCUGCGGCACUCGUGCGAGCACGCCGCGUACGAUACGUGCGAGGUCGUAUCUGAUGAAUUAGAGGCUUCCUUGCUCUUUGGAGACAACCCUGGGACAGAAUUAGACUGUCAAGGGGCGAAGAAAGCGCCUCAAUUCUACAUUGUGUACGUCUUGCUCCUUUUGGGGCUGGCAAGCGUAAUCACAGUGGUGCUGGGCACAAUCUACUUUCGGAUCCCAUCUACCUUGCCGCUCUUUCCAACAGCGCCUGGAAUGUACAAUGUACAAAACGAGACCAUUUUUUGGGCAUCCAACCUGCACAAUUCCGAAGCGAUUCUUCCGCAUUACACAAAUUCGCUGUUUCGCUUUAUCAAUAUGAUGGGCCCAUCCAACGUGUACGUGUCCAUUUACGAGAACAAUUCCAAAGACCGUACGCAGGAAAUGCUUCGCAGCUUGGAGUCAGCAUUAACGCUCCGCGGAGUGCGUCACACAAUUCGGACGGAUAUGCGCGCGGCAUCGUUCUAUGAUAUGUAUCGCAUCGAGCGUCUUUCCAUCUUGCGCAAUGAGGCGAUUCGGCCAUUGUACCACGAUGCAUCCGAUGGCCUGCACGGCACGCCAUUUUCUAAAGUCUUGUUUGUCAACGACAUCAUAUUCGACGCAGAGACGGCGCUUGCAUUGAUAAAUACUGCGGGUGGUUUGUAUGAUCAAGCGUGUGCUUUGGACUUUUACCCGGUUGGCUUCUACGAUACGUGGGUAUCGCGCGAUAUAACGCGCUCAAGGCCCCGCCCACUUUGGCCGUUUUUUAAGCGCCCUGAAGAUCAGUACGCAAUUGAGCACGGCGAGGCAUUCGAAGUGAAUAGCUGCUGGAACGGGAUGACUGCGCUUGAUUCGCGCUGGCUCCUCCAGCCUGUGAACGCGACGGUAUCUCCCGUGGAAAUGGCCUCUGAGAAGACCAGCACACAUACAGGCAGCCAAGUGGUACCUGGUAAGGAUCGAUUCGUCGGCAGACAUGCCAAAUUAUCCAUGGACAAGAGAACCGCGGCUAACAUACAGCUCGGCAUGCACCGGUCCAAGCACACCCCCAUUGUCGACCGGACUCCUUUGCAUUCUUCUGCGCAUCCUAUCAUUCACAAUAUCCCUGCAAAUACUAUGCGGAAGCAUGAGGAUAUUACCGUACAAUUACCCCUGAAAUUCCGAUUCAGCAAGACGUGCCAUUCGUCAGAGUGCUUGCUGAUCAGCUUGGAUAUGCACACAAUGGCGUACCCAGAUCCGCCGCGCAUACUGAUUAACCCGAGAUUGGUCACGGCCUACGACUACCCCACCUACAUUAUGUACCAUAACAUUUUGUUCUGGCGAAUCGUCCAGCCAUGGCACCACAUUUGGGAGCGCUGGAUUGUGAAUAAACUCUUCUACUUUUUCCCGGAAAUCGGGCGCACCAAUGAUACGUGCCAGGAUGCAUUCAAAGACUUGUGGUCGCCCCGCCUUGCUACCCACAACACAGCAUUUUUGCCAUAG